CACCUGGAGCACGCCCAGCGCAAGCCCAACACAACAAGCGACUCCCACCUGCCUCCCUGCCUCUGGCCAUGGCCUGUUGGCAUCUGGCCCUCCUUCUGACUGGGAUCCUCCUGGCAGCCUCCCAGCCAACCCUGACCCAGCCGGACACACUGCUGGUCUUCCCAGGCCAAGUGGCCCAACUCUCCUGCAUGCUCAGCCCCCGCCAUGCCACCGUCGGGGACUACGGCGUGUCUUGGUAUCAGCAGCGGGCAGGCAGCGCCCCCCGCUUGCUCCUCCACUACCGCUCAGAGGAGGACCACCACCGCCCCCCUGACAUCCCUGACCGCUUCUCGGCAGCCACGGAUGCAGCCCAUAAUGCCUGCAUCCUGACCAUCAGCCCCGUGCAGCCUGAAGACGCCGCAGAUUAUUACUGCUCCGUGGGCUACAUACCCUAGGGGUGGGGUGUGGGAUGAGUGCCUUCCAUCUGCCUCCCACUUAUGCUCCUGACCUUGGGACCCUCCCUUUCUCUAAGCCUUGAUUUUCCUCCUCUGUAAAAUGGGUUAAUAAUCAACAUGUCAACAAUAACUAUUC